UCAAAAGUGAAAUUAUCCCUAAUGAAAAGAAAAUGGUUUCUGUGGUUGGUACGGGUAGACCCGAUUGUAUGCGUGACUCGUCAAUCAUUUGGGCCAACCCGAUUCGUUUAAUUACUGGGAGCCGCAAUCAAAUAUACAAUCGUCUUCAUUUUCAUUCUGAAAAACUUCUCUCUUAUCGAACACGGGAAACCAGCGAGUAUACAUACAGAGUUGUGACCGGAGAUUCGCCGGAACUAAAUGGAAGUGACAGCUGAGAAGAGAGAAUUGGAAUUUGCAGCCCAUAAAGAAUCCGAGGAUCGCGAACGCGUCGCCGUUGACCUCAAAGCCGGCUUGCAUCCUCUCAAGCACAAGUUUGUUUUCUGGUACACUCGCCGGACACCUGGGGUUCGAACUCAAUCAUCGUACGAGGAUAAUAUAAAGAAAAUUGUUGAUUUUAGCACUGUUGAAGGUUUUUGGGUUUGCUACUGCCACUUGGCUCGUCCAUCAACAUUGCCAAGCCCAACUGAUUUGCAUCUUUUCAAGGAGGGUAUUCGUCCAUUAUGGGAGGAUGCUGCUAACUGCAAUGGUGGAAAGUGGAUAAUUCGUUUUAAAAAAGCUGUCUCGGGACGUUUUUGGGAGGACCUGGUUCUGGCUUUGGUAGGUGAUCAACUCGAUUAUGGUGACAACAUAUGCGGUGCAGUUUUAAGCAUUCGUUUCAAUGAGGACAUAUUGAGUGUGUGGAAUCGUAAUGCAUCAGAUCAGCAGGCUGUGAUGGCAUUGAGAGAUGCAAUCAAACGACACCUAAAGCUUCCUAAUGGCUAUGUCAUGGAAUACAAAGCCCAUGAUGCUUCCUUGCGUGACAACUCAUCAUACCGCAAUACUUGGAUAAGAGGAUAAAAGUUGCUAGUUUCUUAUUUCGCUGUUAAACCUUCAACUUAGUUGUUUGGUUGGUAUUUGGCCAAGUGAUAGUCGUGACAAAAAUGGUUAAUCGUGUAAUGCAAUCCAACAACCAUGGGGAAAUCUCAGUUACUGAACUGACUCUUUAAUAUCUAUCACUUCUUAAAAGUGUAUGCACUUAACUCUACUGACAAAUGAGUUAUUCCCAGUUUUAUGUUACCAGUUACCACAAGCAUACAGUAGCAGUACAUUGCUAUUAGUACAUUGCUAUUAGUGCUUAUGGUUGAAUAUUUCGUAUA